AUGGCGACCAUGGCUACUGCUGCUCGCGAUAUCGCGACGACCUCCUCCCCCUCUCCCGGCCGAGACAACUUAACUGCUGUAGCGGCCGCCCGGAGUGUCCCUGUGACGACCCAUCCGAACAACCUGCCGACUCCCCCCAACUCGAUAUCUCCCAACCUGCCUCCGGUAGGCCUUCGCGCCCACCUGAUGAGGGCGGGCGUCGAGCCCUCGGUCGACUCCGACCUGGAACUGCACGACCGCGACGCUCACGACGAUGAGCACUCCGGUCCGGGAUCGCCCCCGUACGACUCGGCCGGAGCCAUCACGUCAGCAAUGCUGGCCAACUGCCACCUGCCCGAGAUCCUGCUGGGUCAGGGCCCGUUGCCGAUUCGCCACAUUAUGGGUUAUCUGACCACCACGGUCCCCGGCUUCGCGGGCAUCCCGCCUGCCAAAGCCCGGAGGCUGGUUGUGGCCGCGCUAGAGGGAAAGGGAAACGGUGGCGUGGGCAGCGGCCCGGAUGGUGACGUAGAGUUUAUCAAGGUGGGCUGGGGACGGUGGCAUGCGAAGCGGAGGGGCCAGGGCAGCAGAGCUACAGCUGCCGCCUACGACCCUCCCUCGCGCCGCACGUCGCCCGGCGGGAGCUCCUACCCGACAAGCAUCCCUAUCAACAAGGGCGGCCCCGGGUGGCACCACUUGGACCGGUCUCGACUCGCAGCCAUGCUCGGGACGAGCGCCGGCGGCGCCUCAUCAGCAGCCUUCUCUCAUGACGACCGUCUCAACGAGGACCGGUUCAUGAACAUGAUGGACCACGAGGCCGACAAAAUGUCGCUCGACGGAUCCGGAUCCGCAUCGUGCUCCGAGGCGCCCGAUGAGGACUUUCCCAUGGACCGCGACGACCCCGAGGACGCAACCGACGACGAGGACUGGGCAGCCGUCGGUGCGGCGGCGCUUCGAGCGUCAUCCUAUCAGGCCCAGUCCGACAACCAAAGACACCUCUCCCCUUUCAACAACGUAUAUUCUUCCAGCAUGCGCUCCUUCUCCGGCGGCAUGGCGCGGCCACCUCAGCUCAACUUCAAGAUCCCACCAUCGGGCUUGGCGGGAGUCAUGGUGACCGACGCACAGGAGCGCGACGCCGUGGAGGCUCUUCUUCAGCUUGGAUCUGUCUAA